GCCUCUUCACUAUACAACCCACAAUGUUGUACCAAGUGGCUAUCGUCUCUGCUUUCAUAGCACUAAUAGGAAUUCAAGCAAAAGAAUUAGCUCCGGGACCUCAAUCAUUUAAAAAUACUAAUUCUUCCACGGCAGGAGCAGCUCAAAAUCAACAAAAGAGAUUUGCAACUAGGGACAUAAUUGUUUAUUUAACUCCCAGUCAGAUCAAAGAUCUUCAAGCUGGAAAGGCAGAACUUCGAUCACACGCUUCAGGAGAAAUAACAAUAAACAAAUUGCAAAAGGCACAACAAUUGCCAUUUGAAAAUCCUCAGUCAAGAUUUAAUCCUCAGAGUGAAAAUUUGGGGGCUCCACUCGUUCAAGAAGAGCAGUUAGUUCUCAAGCAACAGGAACUACAAGAGCUACAACAACAACAGGAACAACAAGAACAACAAGAGCAACAGGAGCAACAAGCAAGAUAUUUUAACUUACCCAGUGGCCUAUCCAUUCAGAAUGUUGAAGCACCACCUUCAUUAUUGUUAUUUACCCCAGAGAGUCAACAACCAGAACAACCCAAAUUGGUACCUAACAAUCCAAGUCAAGAGAGUAAUGAUAAUGGAUGGAUUCCAAUUAACCCUACCACGGAGAAAAAUUUAGAACAGGCUUUACGAGAGCAGGCCGCACAAGAGCAGUCUGUACAGGAGCAAUCUUUACAAGAACAAAUUAAAAAACAAUGGCAGAAGAGUUUAAGAAACAGCUUUGAACAACAAAAACUCGCUACCGGUGGUCUUAACAGCCAGCAAGAAAACCGCAAUCAAGAAGGAGAACAACAACCUUUGAUCAAUUACAAUCCUCUUAUAUAUGCCUUAGCCCACGAGAAUGCAUUACGAGCGCAUAACAACCAGGUAGAAAAGCAAAGAGCUUUGGCCCAAGUUGAGGCUAUUGCUAAUUCGCCCCCAGUAAUCAUCCACAAGGAGGUUAAAAUUACUAAACACCAGCCCGUUCCAGUCGUGAAACGCGUAAAUGUGCCCGUACCAACGCCAGUUUUACUUCCCGUUAUUCAUCCUUAUGAGGUCAAGGUGCCCCAACCUUAUCCCGUGCCAGCUGAAACAGCUACAGACCUACCCGUGCCACCGGUGUCGGAAAAACCCGAAGCAGAAAGAGCAGUGCCUUAUGAACUGAGAAAUCAUAUUCCUGGCAAAAAUAUUUACAUAAACGUCGAUAGUCCAGCUUACCUACAACUGUGGAAAAACUAAAAUAAUCUUAUUGACUAUUGUUAAUUAGUUCAUAUUAUGUUUUAGUUUUAUGAAAUCU